GGGGGGGAGCGAUGCGGGCGCCGCUGAGGGACGUGGUAAUCUUAGACGCUAUGGACAUACUCUUUAGAAUAAGAGGAGGCUUGGAUCUUGCCUUUCAGCUGGCGACUACUGAUGAGGCUUCAGCAAAAAAGGCAUUAAGAUAUGUUUUCAGUGAUCUUGCAAACAAACUGUCCUCGGAUGUUCUUGUAUUAAGAAUUUGCCACAGUUCCAUCUAUGUGUGGCCUAACAAUGGCAUGAGCACUGUUCCAGAGCUGACUGAGGAUUCUGCAUGUAAGGAGAUAAGACGAUUUAUACAAUCUGAUCAAGAUGAUGAGACCAAACGAAAGCUUGGCAAAAAGAAGGAUAAAAGGGUACAAGAUACACAGCAGGUAGUCAAUGUAGACCUCAUGUUGGAAAUGACAUCUUCGUUACCUGCUUUGGCCCCCGUCAUCGAAAGGGAAAGUAAGGAGCACCACUACGUUAAUAUGACGUUGCCAGUUGAUGUGGUUGUGUCUGUUUCUCCAGAAGAAACAUGGGGAAAGGUACAAAAUCUCCUGGUGAAAGCAAUUCACGGGCAAUUAACUGACAUGGAAAGAUGUAUCAUGAAAUAUAUGAAGGGAACAUCAAUUGUGGUACCGGAACAAUUUCAUUUCAUGUUACCAGGAAAAAAUCAUCUCGUAACGAUCUCAUAUCCUACGGGUAUUUCCGAUGAUCAACUGGAAAGCUACAGAAAGGAAUUGCAUGGGUUAUUCAAUCUGCCUUGUGACAGACCGUAUUUCAAGAGAGCAAAUGCUUAUCAUUUUCCAGAUGAACCAUAUAAAGAUGGAUAUCUGAGAAAUCCACAUUUACAUCUUAAUUCACCUGGUACGGAGUCUGGUAUGGUUUAUUUGGUCCAUGGUGUGUAUAGUUACCACCACUAUAUGCAGGAUCGGGUCGAUGACAGCGGCUGGGGCUGUGCCUAUCGCUCCUUGCAGACAAUCUGUUCCUGGUUCAGGCACCAAGGUUACAUUGACAGACCUGUGCCAACACACAAGGAAAUUCAGCAGGCCCUGGUGGAUGCUGGGGACAAGCCUGCAGCCUUUGUUGGCUCCCGGCAGUGGAUUGGUUCCAUUGAGGUACAGCUUGUUUUGAACCAGCUUUUUGGAAUAACGUCCAAAAUACUAUUUGUCAGCCAGGGUGCGGAGCUGGCGCUGCAGGGGAGGGAGCUUGCCAAUCAUUUCAAGACUGAAGGAACCCCAGUUAUGAUUGGUGGAGGUGUGUUGGCUCACACCAUAUUGGGAGUGGCUUGGAAUGAAACUACAGGACACAUCAAAUACUUGAUCCUGGACCCACAUUACACCGGGGGAGAAGAUCUGCAUGUUGUUUUGGAAAAGGGCUGGUGUGGAUGGAAGGGGCCGGAGUUUUGGAACAAGGAGGCCUAUUACAACCUCUGCCUCCCCCAGCGACCAAAAGCUAUUUAAAUGCCACUCGUGGGCUGGAAGGUGCUGCCCCAGAGCCCUGCCUGACCUACGUACGGCUCUCUGGGCCUUUGUCACAGACAUGCCCCAAGUCACUCAAAACCCAGUCGAAGCAGAAGCGUUGCUUGAGUAAUUUAAAUGAAGAAAAAUGUUUUAUGGAAUUCUUUCCUGCCAAAAAGAUGAAGUGUCCUCUGCCCUUCAGGUUCCCUGUCUCCAGCCGUCUUGUGCACCGUGAGUCUGUUCGGAGGCACCGUUUGCUCUUGAUACUGUUGGCAACAGCCUUUUAGAUACGGAGUGGGAGAAAAAUGGCUCUGUGUGCUGAAUUUUAUGAACUAUGUAAAUAAAAAAAAAAAAGUGAGAUAGUUAAAUGUUAUAUGCUCGUGUAUUUAUAGCUGUAUGAAUACAACUAUUGUAGAGAAAAACCCACAACACAACGGUCUUCUGUAAGAAGUAAAAAAAAUAAAGGAGCUUUCCUCUUUCUCGGAAGGAGACAUGCACCAGCA